AUGCCGCGAGUUCAUCCGAUUUACUCCGACUUUUUCUACGAGCCGCUGACCGAGGACGUGGAGGCGCUGCUGGGCCGGUUCCAGCAGACGGACUCGGUUCGGUUCGAGGUCUUCUCCGCCCUCUGGAGGGACUUGAGCUUCUCGGACGUCUUCUGGGGACUCAGCCCGGACAGCAGCGAGGCCCGGAGGUUCUGCAGACUGGCUCUGGCCACCGCCGUCCGCUUCUUCCUGCCUCCCUACAGCUACCAGAUCCGAACCGGCGGGCUGUACCUGAUGUUCGCCUUCUUCCACACGCAGCCCGCCUCUCCUCCUCUGAGGAUCCGGCUGGCCCUGAAGGACUGGGCUCACGUGGAGGUUUUCCUCCAAGAGUCCAGGAGGGCGCAGCACUAUGACGUGGUGUACGUGUAUGAGAAGCUGGCAGCAGAGAAGGCCUUCCAGUACACCGCCAUGCCCCACUUCCUCUGCUUCCAGAGGCAGAUGCAGAUGAAGAAGAACCCAGAGUGUCUGGAGUUCCUGAAGAGGACCACGGCCGUGCAGGACCUCAUGUCUGCAGACCUCCUGGAUGAAGUGAGGAACAUCCAGACCCACUAUGAGAAGCUGAAAGCAGACACCGUGCAGGUGAGCAGCCAGGCCACCAUGACCCUGCCAGACUUCCACCAGCGUCUGCAGACGUGCAUGUCCGAGUUCCUCACCUGGCAGGAGGAGACGUUCCCGUCCAAGACCCACAAGAACUCCAAAGACGAUGAAGACUCACCUGAGGAGGAGGAGGAGGAGGAGGAGGAGAAGGAGAAGGAGUCCUCCAGAAGAGCCAGACUGCUGUCCUCCAUCAAGCAGAAGAGCUACAGCAGCUUCCAGAAGGCGCCGAGGUCCAGGAGACACCGGAACGCCGCGAUCCCGGACCAGCCCAGCUCCGGUUCCGAGCAGGUUCAGGGGGCAGCUACUUCCCAGAGCAAGAAAGCUCCUUCUCUGCGUGCCAGAACCUGGAUGAGCCUGGGGAAGGGGGAGAAGGACAGCAAGUCCCACCCCUGGCUCCUGAGCAUUCCCGAGCAGCUGAAGGAGAUGUCGAUGAAGAGGUUCCGCCGGACCACGCCGUUCCGGAUGUGA